AUGAUGUACCAUCACCCACUGCGAAGAGUGAUAAUUAUAGACCAAGAAAUACGUCUAUCCUUACCUAAUUUACGACAAACGAAGACGAGAGGAGACGGUACGGAAGAAGAACAUAUAUUUAUAACAAUUAAAAUGGGUAAAGGUAAAAAUAAGAGUAGAGAUGAUGGUCCUAAGAAUCCUCGAGCUCAUCGUGGUGCCAAUGGUCAUAGUUCAAGACAUAAUCAUAAAAAUAUGGAAAUGAAGAAACAUAAUGAUUUCACAUCGACACAAAUGGUAAAUGACAAUGAUGAUGGUAUAGACGAAAUUCAUAGUGUGAAGAAAAUCCCUGUGAAACUUGGGAUGUGGGAUUUUGAUCAUUGUGAUCCAAAACGUUGUAGUGGUAAGAAAUUAGAAAGAUUAGGUUUGAUUAAAUCGUUGAAAAUAGGUCAACGAUUCCAAGGUUUGAUCAUCUCACCAAAUGGGAAAAAAGUUGUGUCACCUGAUGAUGCAGAUAUUAUUAAAGAAUUUGGAGCUGCUGUGGUAGAAUGUUCUUGGGCACGUCUUGAUGAAAUACCAUUUAGUAAAUUGAAUGGUGGGAAUGGCGGGAAAAACGAAAGAUUAUUACCUUACCUUGUUGCGGCAAAUCAAGUUAAUUAUGGUAGACCAUGGAAGUUAAAUUGUGUAGAAGCGUUAGCUGCAUGCUUUGCAAUCAUUGGAAGAUCAGAUUGGGCAAGUGAUUUAUUAUCAAAUUUUUCUUGGGGGUUGAAUUUCUUAAAAUUGAAUGAGGAAUUAUUUGAAUUAUAUUCCAAAUGUACUGAUUCAGAUUCAGUUAAAGCUGCACAAGAGGAAUGGCUGGAUAAGAUUGAACAAGAAGCUACAGAAAGGAAAUUACAAGCGCAAGAAACUGAUAUAUGGAUGAUGGGGAACACUAAUAGAUUAGACGCCAACCUACGAUCCAUGAAUAUAUCCGAUGAAGAUGAGGAGGAAGAGGAAGAAUAUGACGAAGAAGAAGAUGGGGGAGAGCACAUAACCAGGAAUAAAGAGUUGAGAUAUGAUAAUCUAGGAAACGUAAUAGAAGACACAGAUGAAGAGUAUCUUUCAGAAGAGGAGAAAGAAAUAAGAUACGAUAAUCUAGGGAAUAUCAUAGAAAGUGAAGAAGAGGAAGAAGAAGAGAAGGAGGAAGGAAUUGAACUACGAUAUGAUAGUCUUGGUAAUAUUAUAGAAUGA